AUGAAACGGGGGCCCGAGCCUAAGCCGGCCUUCGGUGGAGCAGGUGAGGCGGGACCAGGCGUGAUGGCAGAACGCCCCCUGGUUCCAGCCUGUCCCACGGGCCGGCCCGGACGGCUCCAGCGCCAUCUCCUGAGCGGCGAAUUCGACCAGCUGCGAGACUUCCCCAUCUUUGAGAGCAACUUCGUGCAGGUGACCCGGUUAGGAGAAGCUGCCAACAAGGUCACCAUGGGAGUGGCAGCCUCCAGUCCAGCCCUGGAACUCCCAGACCUGUUGCUUCUGGCGGGCCCUGCCAAGGAGAACGGACACCUGCAGCUCUUUGGGCUGUUCCCCUUGCAGUUCGUCCAGCUCUUCGUCCACGACGAAAGCCGGUGGCAGCUCAAGGUCAAGUUCCGCACCGGCCGCGCCUUCUACCUGCAGCUGCGGUCCCCGCCCGAGAGCCGCGACCGAGAGUUCGGCCAGUGGGUGCGGCUGCUCUACCGCCUGCGGUUCCACUCGGCCCAGGGAGCCGUGCCUUUCACCCAGGACUACUCGGCGCUGGAGGACGACGAGGACGAGGACGGGGACGAGGACGAGGAUCUGACGGCGGGAGAGGCGAGGAGGGGGAGGGGCCUUCAAGCCAUGGAAGCCAGACUUGACCCACAGAUGUCUGAACUCUGGGGACUCUGA